GGCACCGCAAGAGACAGAGAGAAAAAAGAGAGAAAGAUCCAGCUCUUCCAAAUCGCUUCCUCUUCUUCUUCUUCUUCUUCUUCUCUUUCUCAUGGAAGCGGAUGUAUCCAUCUAUAGCUACAAGUUUCUGAUACCUUGUUAGCUUCUUUCUGGACGGCGGCGGGUUUGAUUCGGCUUGAAAAGUUUGCGUUUUGGGUUCGUAGAUCGUGAGGUUUGUGGGAUUGCAGAUGGGAGGGAGGUUGUCGCUUGCGUUUGCGUUUGUGAUUGUGUUGUUUGAUUUUAUUUUCUUUGAGUUUGCGGCGGCGAACGUUGUGGUGAUUGGGAAGAACGUGACCUUGUCGUUUGAUGAUGUUGAGGCGAACUUUGCUUCACCAAUAAAAGCGUCCGGUGAAUGUGGGGUCUUAUAUGUCGCAGAGCCGCUUGAUGCAUGCACUCAUUUGACAAAGGCAGUUGGUAGUAAUCCAAAUCCUCCAUUUGCACUAAUUGUACGAGGUGGAUGCACAUUUGAUGAAAAAGUUAGAAAUGCGCAGAUUGCUGGAUUCAAGGCUGCUAUUGUAUAUGAUAAUGAAGAUAGUGAUGUUCUGAUUUCAAUGGCAGGAACGCACUGGCGGCAUUCAUAUACAUGCUAUUUUUUUGUCUCAAAAGCCUCUGGUGAGAAACUGAAGGAAUAUGCUGGCAGUACAGACAUGGAGUUCUGGAUUUUACCAAACAAUGAAAAUUCAGCUUGGUCAAUCAUGGCCAUCUCCUUCAUAUCGCUGCUUGCUGUCUCUGCUGUCCUGGCUACAUGCUUCUUUGUGCGCAGACAUCGUGUAAGGCAUGAAACUCCUAGCCUUCCUGUCAGAGAAUUCCAUGGAAUGAGUAAACGGUUGGUUAAAGCCAUGCCGAGUUUGAUAUUCACUUCUGUUUUGGAGGAUAACUGCACUUCUAUGACUUGUGCUAUAUGCUUGGAAGAUUACAAUGUUGGGGAUAAGCUCAGAGUUCUUCCUUGUCGUCACAAGUUCCAUGCUUUUUGCGUAGAUUCAUGGCUUACCGCGUGGAGAUCAUUUUGCCCUGUGUGCAAGAGAGAUGCCAGAACAAGCUCUAGUGAUCCUCCUGCCUCUGAAUGCACCCCGUUACUUUCUUCUGCUGCGUCAUCUCUAUCUUCAUCUACUAGAUUGGCAUCUUUCCAUUCAGCAGCAUCUUUGACUCCUUCAAUACAAAUAGCUCACCCUCCCAGGCCUCCAUCAUCGUCCCGAACUCAUUCUCUCUCAAGUGCCUAUAUUCCUAAUUCACAUAGGUCCUCCUUAAAUAACUCACCUUCAAUAAGUUUCAGUAGAAACUCUGUGAAUCUAAGACAUGCGUCCUCCAACAGAUCACUUCACUCUUAUCUCAUAUCUCCUCAUUCCGUCGGUGCACCCUUGUCUUCUUCCAUUAAUUCUAGAUACUUCUCCCCUUAUAUUCCUAGCUCAACCAAUGGAUCACCGAGCCAUCUUGUCGAGUCUUCUGGUCGUCCAUCCUCGUACCUCCGGCAUUGUAAUGAAUCAGAAUCGAGUUUUUCCGUAUUAGCCUCUGCUGAAUCUCUGCCAGGGUGUUGAUCUUUCAUGCCAUCUGAGAAGUGGUUUUCUGGUUCUCGCCUUGCUUGGUUGUGCUACAAAAUACUGUAUUGUACAAUUCCAGCAAAUCUUCAGAUCAUUGUGGCAGGCUGUUGGUUUUCAAAGAAAGAGAUGCUUCUUAUGGAACCGCAGUUUUCUUGUUCUCUCUUGUUCUCAGUUUCAAUAUGGUUUCAAUAUGUUGGUGCCUUCCGAGGGAUCUAAUGAUGCUUAAUGAUCACAGCAUGCUGGUGAGGAUGGUGAGGAUCCUUCGAACUGUGUCUUCUGUUCAAUGGGUAUCAAAUGUGCAAAACUUUCACCGUCGUUGCUGAAGUGUGGUGAUAUCCAUGAAGAACCCUUCAUGUUUUCUUCCCGCCGUGUCUCCUUUGAGUGUAUAAAUAUGUGAAGCUAAACUGAUGCCUUCUAGUUACUGAUAACUUUUCUGACAUGGUUAUAUGGUUACAAUGUUACAUAUGUUUAAACUCCAUGUGUUCGGUUAAUGUGAAUGUGAAGUAUAGUUGAGUUUCAUUUAGAGGC